CGGCACUACCAUGCCCCAUGAUCCGAAAUUGAAAGGCGCCUCAAUGAAAUUUGCACCAUUGCAAAUGAGGGCAUAUUUAACUCAGACCAAAAACGGUGGCGGUGGCUCAGGCGGGAUCUCGCAAGUAAGUGGCUGUUCCAUCUGGUUUUUCAUCGAAUUCAUAGAUUAGGUACUUUUUUGUUUGUUAAUAAUAAGUAAAAAGGAAAAAAAUAUAGUAACAGUGAUAUUCGCGAUCUGGGGCACAUUUUCUAUCGUAUUUUCAUAGAAACGUACGAACGUGUUUUGCUAUUUCAGUCAGUAUCGGUAUAAAAAGUACUGCUGAGGUUGACUGAAGUAGCAUGACAAAUACGAACGUUUUCGAGAAAAUACGAUCAAAAACAAUUAUGCACUACAUCGUACCUUUUCUUCCCUUUGUCAAGUCAUGUUACGUUAAUAGACCCCAUGUAAGGGGGCAGCUUACCGAGUACCGAGGCGCAACAAUAACAAAGUAAGUACCUAGUGGCGUAUUAGAGUACCUAUCUUAGUUUGUAUGACGGACGUGCAUUAUUCUGUUUCUGUUACAGCAGUCACGUGCUAGUUCUUAUACAAUCUACUGUAAGCAAACGAAACUGUUUGCAAACAUGUUUCCUUUCAACCUUUAAACAACCGGUAUUUUGCUAACUUCUACUUUUGCUAGGAAAUGUCAGAAUCAGUACAACCUAAUCGUUACUACGUUUAACUGGUAAAUUUUACAGCUUAAAGAAAUGACUGAAAUUAUCUAAGUUUAACCACAGAAUUUUAAGGCGACUACUAUAAUAAGAACUUAAUAAUUAUAUAUUUUAUAUCAGUAUUAGUUUAAAUAUUAAGUGUUUAAAAUGAGUGAAACAAAGUUAAAGUUACAAAUCGUCUUAAUAGUUUUAAGUAUAGUUUGGAAAGGUCUUCAUGCGAUAGAUGACUCGUUGCUGUUCAGCGUGACCCGUCCACCACGUUACUUCGGCAUUCUACAAGAUCACCGCGGGCAGCCGCUUUCCGUUGAAGUCUCCGAGGAGUAUAUGGACCAGGACUACAUAGCCACUAACAGGAAAAGGCAUAAAAUGAAUUGGAACAGGAACCCCUUGGACAUCGAAGACUUCGAUGAUGAUGACACAGAAGAAAUCUUCGAUGACAAGGACAAAGAUAUAAAAGUGCCCAACUUGCAGGCUGGUCCAGUGUAGAAGCGUGUGAUAUAUAACGCCACCAUGAUAUGGUACCUUAUUCCAUUGUAGUAAAAAUCUGUUAUCAAUGAUACAAAAACAUAAUUUUUAGUUAUAUACUUUCUCCUCGCGUCGUGUUCCUCAUUGCUGAGUGCCGUGAAAUCCCCGUGGGGUCAGCUUCUAUUUGACGGUGUCCCGCCAUCUAAGCCUGUCUUUGGCCUCCUGAAGCGCAACGUGCUGUUGGAUGUCCAUGGUAGAACGGACAUGAUCUGCCCACCUUGUUGGGUUAAGGCUUGUAGGUCAAUUUCAGUCAAAAAGGUCGUUUGCCAUUAACCUUGCCAGUAACGAUGAGUUCAAGAUUGUGGCCUUUUUUCCUGGCUAUGUGACCGAAAAACUCCAGUAUCCUGCGUAGACUGGUGGUUGAGAGCCUGGUUUUUACGUUGAGUUUGCAGUUAUAUAGAGUCGCUAUAAAACCAAAGUUUUUCUUUCUACCUUGAACUAAGCACAGUUUAAAAGAGUGAAAAAGAGUAGACACGCAGCAUAUCUAUUUAGAAUAAAACAUAAGAUUUGUCAAAGUUAGGUUAGUAUAAGGUACUUUUAUAUUAAGCAGAUAUAGUAAAAUAGAAUGGUACCUAGACUAAGUCUGUUGUAUUGUGAGUAACAAAAUUGUACGAAGAAUUGAUGAGUAAAUGAUUAGAACAAGGGC